AUGGUGCUCGCGGAGCUGGGUGGGCGCAUAUCGCGCGCCAUCCAGGCGAUGAACCGCGUGACGGUGAUCGACGAGAAGGCGCUCAACGAGUGCCUCAACGAGAUCACGCGCGCGCUGCUGCAGGCCGACGUGUCGUUUAAGAUGGUCAUGGGCCUGCAGCAGAACAUCAAGCGCAUCGUCAAUCUCGAGGAGCUGGCUGCGGGGCAUAACAAGCGAAUCAUCAUUGAGAAGGCGAUAUUCAACGAGCUGUGCAACAUGCUGGACCCCAACACGACGCCGUACCAGCCCAAGAAGGGCAAGCCCAACAUCAUCAUGUUCGUCGGCCUGCAAGGGUCGGGAAAGACAACGACGUGUGGCAAGUACGCGCACUUCUACCAGCGCAAGGGGUGGAAGCCCGCGCUCAUCUGCGCGGAUACCUUCCGCGCAGGUGCCUUCGACCAGCUCAAGCAGAACGCCACCAAGGCCAAGAUCCCCUUCUAUGGCAGCUACACGGAGACGGAUCCGGCGAAGAUUGCGCAGGAGGGCGUGGCGAUCAUGAAGAAGGAGGGGUGCGACCUGAUCAUCAUCGACACCAGUGGUCGCCACAAGCAGGAGGCCUCGCUCUUUGAGGAGAUGCGCCAAGUGUCCGAGCUCACGAACCCCGACCUGGUGCUCUUCGUGAUGGACAGCAGCAUAGGCCAGGCGGCGUACGACCAGGCGCAGGCGUUCAAGGCGAGCGUGCCCGUGGGGGCGGUCAUCAUCACCAAGAUGGACGGGCACGCCAAGGGUGGUGGCGCCCUCAGCGCUGUGGCGGCCACCAAAUCGCCAGUGAUCUUCAUCGGUACAGGAGAGCACAUAGACGAGUUUGAGCAGUUCGAAACCAAGGCCUUUGUCAGCAGACUGCUGGGCAUGGGCGACUGGACGGGGUUCAUGGAUCGCAUUCAGGACGUGAUCCCCAUGGACCAGCAGCCGGAGCUGCUGCAGAAGCUGCAGGAGGGGCACUUCACUCUGCGCAUCAUGUACGAGCAGUUCCAAAACAUCCUCAAGCUGGGCCCACUCGGACAGGUGAUGUCGAUGAUCCCAGGGUUCACCCAGGAGCUGAUGCCCAAGGGGCGGGAGAAGGAGAGCACAGCGCGGCUCAAGAAGUUCAUGACGAUCAUGGACUCCAUGACUGACCACGAGCUGGACAGCACCAACCCCAAGUUGUUUCACGACACCAAGCGCAUCAUCCGCGUAGCGAGAGGCUCGGGCCGGCACCCCCUGGAGGUGCAGGAGCUGCUGGAGGAAUACCGCAAGAUGGACAAGAUCUGGAGCAAGAUGAAGGGGCUCAAGAUGAUGGGCGGGGGAGGGAAGCGCGGUGGUUUGGGCGGCGACAUGGGUGCGGCUGCGAGGAACAUGAACGCGGCGCAGAUGGCGAGGGCACUGCCGCCGCAGAUGCUGCAGCAGAUGGGCGGGCUGAACGGGCUGCAAAACCUGAUGAAGCAGAUGAACUCGUCCGAGUUUGCGAAUAUCCUCGGCGGGAAGAUGGGGGGCAUGGGGCAAUGA